AUGGCUUUCCGCAGGAGUGCGAUUCUCAAGCAAGUCCAGAAUCUCCAAAACCUUUCAGAUAACCCCACCCUCCUUGAUGCUUCAAAACUACUCUAUGACCCAAAAAGAUAUGGGUUUCAGUAUACUACUUCCGACGUCCUCAAGGGAUUCCAAGAAGGCAGAAGAUUUAUAAACAGAACUCCCAGAUUCAGAGAAAUUCAUCCAGAAAUCAUAUACCGCUUCUAUUUUUUUUUAAAAAACCUAUAAGAACGUUAUUCUAUUUUCUAAUAUUAAUUAAAAAUGAUUAUUAUUAUAGGAUAAUAUAGAGCUAUAAAUGAGUAUAGAAAACAUGAAAGCUCAAAGAUACUUCUUGGUUUAUUACUUAAUUGGAGCAGGUGUUCUGUUUUAUGGGAUGUAUGAAUCAAAAGCAAGAGAAGAUGCUGAAUUUUCUUAUGAUCUCUUCAAGGAUAAAGCAUUCAUUGGAAGAUAUGAAUAUAAGACUAAAAAUGUCGAGUUCCAAGCUAGAAGACAUCAUUCAUACCAAACUUAA